GAGUUGCACAUGCCGCUGCAAAGGCAGUUGUAUAUGAUGAUCCGUAGUGUGUUUCCCUUUCUGUUGGCGGCUCUUUUGCACCAGGUUCUCGGAGAUCCGGAAGCCCGCAUCAUUGGCGGCUAUGAUGUGGACAUAGAAGAUGCGCCUUACCAGGCGGAAGUGAUAAUAGACGGCACUGCCAUCUGCAGUGGCGCCAUCAUCGGAUCACAAACCGUGCUCACGGCAGCCUCGUGUGUCCAGUCCUACAGUUCACUUCAGGUGCGCGUGGGCACCAGCUCCCGGGAUUACGAUGGCACUGGACUGCUGUUGGAUGUGUGUGAUGUAACUGGUCAUCCAAACUACGACUACUGGCGUUUCGACAACAACCUGGCACUGCUGAAGCUGUGCGAUCCGCUCCAGACCUCCGAGGCUAUCCAGCCCAUCAGCCUGGCAGACGAAGUGCCGGACGAUGGUUCCUGGUGCUAUGUCGCCGGCUGGGGAUCCACCAGUUGGUGGGGCAGCUGGUGGGACAGGUGCUUCGGCAGUCUGCCGGACUAUCUCCAAAUGGUAUGGGUCAGCGUCUACAAUCGGGAGCAGUGCGCCGCGGAUCGCGGUGUUUGGUUCGGACUCUGGGAUAAUGGCAUCUCGUACCUCACCCUCUGCACGCAGUAUGGCGCUGGAGGCUGCUCCUACGACACGGGAGCUCCCUUGGUGCAGGACGAGGUACUCGUGGGCAUUCUGUCCGAGGGCGGCUGCAAAACCAAGCCAGAUGUCUACGCCAGUGUGGGUUGGUUCAAGGACUGGAUUGCCCAGAAUACCGGAUAUGAGGAUACAACAGCUCCAACAAGUACUUCUGGUGAUAGUAGUUCCACUGCUGCUGGCACUACACCUGGUACUGUACCAAGUACUACCCCUAGUACUGUACCUAAUACUGAAACUAGCACGACACCUAGUACUGUACCUAGUACUGAAACUAGCACUACACCUAGUACUGCACCAAGUAUUGAACCCAGCAAAGCACCUAUUACAGUACCUAGUACUGAAUCUAGCACUGUACCCAGUUCAACUAUACCUAGUACUGAAACUAGCACCAGUACUGUAUCUAGUUCUUCUUCUAUCACCAGUACUGUACCCAGCACCUUACCUAGUACUGCACCUAGUACAGUAGCCAGUACGCUGCCUAGCACUGUUUCUAGUACUGUUCCCAGCACCGUUUCUAGCACUAUACCUAGUACUGUUCCUAGUACUGUUCCUAGUACUGUUCCUAGUACUGUUCCUAGUACUGUUCCUAGUACUGUUCCUAGUACUGUUCCUAGUACUGUUCCUAGUACUGUUCCUAGUACUGUUCCUAGUACUGUUCCUAGUACUGUGCCUACUACUGUUCCUAGCACUGUGCCUACCACUGUUCCUAGCACUGUACCUAGCACUGUGCCUAGUACUGAACCGACUACCAUACCCACUAUUGCACCCAGCACUGUGACAAGUACUAUAGCGAUUACUGAACCUAGUACUGUAUCUAGUGCACCUAGUGAGCCUAUCACAGCACCUAGUAAUGCACCCAGUACUUCAGAUAGCACUAUACCAAGUACUGAGUCCACUACUUCGAGUCCUUUGACUACGAUCACGACGCCAACUGAACCAACUGGGAAUCCUGAUAUCGAAGGAUAACAAAGAAGGCUUAGUAACGUGCCCCCGCCCGUAAAUAUUUAACUCUAAGCUAACUAAUUAACACACCUUAAUAAAA